AUGACACAGGUCAAUGAACCCUACGGCUCUUUUGAGGAAGACUCCGCGACCAGAGUGCAAAGCUUCAACGACACAUCCGAUCCAACAACUCUGGGACAAUGUACCCAUGCACUCUUUGAACGGGUAGUCGAAUGUCAUGGACGCAAGACUGCCCUCAUCUGCGGAGACGACGAAGCGACAUUCUUCGUUUUGAAUCAAAGGGCUAACCAGUUUGCCCGAAGUCUUCUUCAACAUGGUUUGCAGAGAGAAGAUGUCGUCGCGGUUUCUCUCGAUCGGUCCAUCAAUCUCGUGGCCAUGCUGUUGGCUGUCAUGAAGACGGGCGCCACCUAUGUACCCAUUGACCCCGCUCUACCGACAGAGCGCGUCAAGAUGAUGAUUGAGGACGCGUGUCCAAAGCUGGUCAUCACCGAGGAUGAGAGCCACCAGUUACCAGACAUUCAAGACGCUGUCUGCAUAACUGCUACACAUCUCGCCACUUUAAGUCAAGGGGGGCACAACCUUGACUUGGAUGUCCGCCCGUACGACCUCGUCUACAUAAUGUACACGUCCGGUUCCGCAGGCAGACCAAAAGGCGUCGAGGUAACGCACGAGAGCGUGGCCAGCUUGCUACUUUCUAUGAAGCGCGAGCCUGGGUGCAGCGCAAGGGAUCGCAUGUUGGCACUCACCACGGUCUCCUUCGACAUGGCCGUUCUCGAGCUAUUUCUUCCCCUCAUAUGCGGUGGCACCGUAGUCCUCGCCCAAAGACACCAUCAAACAGAUCCAAGGGCAAUCAUCGAGUUAAUAGUGAAACACAAUGUCAACAUAGUGCAGGGCACGCCCGCUAUCUGGCAAAUGCUUCUUGAUUCCGGAUGGACUGGCGAACCCCGUCUUGAAAAGAUACUUUGCGGUGGCGAGUCUCUCUCGCGGACAUUGGCUGAUCGGCUGUCAGCCUGCUGCGACCGCAUGUGGAAUAUGUAUGGGCCGACCGAGGCUACUGUCUACGCUUGCAUCUGGAGAGUCACGAGAGGUCAUCACAUUGCUGUGGGAAAUCCAAUCACCAACUGUCGGCUUCACAUCCUCGACGAAAAUAUGAGUCCUGUGCCCACAGGCAGUCUCGGUGAGCUCUUUAUCGCCGGCAUCGGUGUAGCCAAAGGGUACCGGAAAAGAGCCGAUCUAAGUGCGUCCCGCUUCCUGAAGAACCCUUUUCAUACAGGGCAGAUGUAUCGGACCGGUGACCAAGCGCGGAUGAUAUCACCAGACACACUGUGCGUCUUGGGACGAAUAGACGGGCAAGUGAAAAUUCGGGGCCACCGAAUCGAGCUUGGAGAUGUGGAGGCAGCCAUAAAUCGACACGAUCAGGUGUCCGCGACGGUUGUGACUGUCCGAGACGAAAGACUGGUGGCAUAUUACAUGCGAAAGCACUCCGCGGGAAAUGGGCUGGACCGCGUUUUACGGCCGUGGCUAAAAAAAUAUCUGCCUAGCUACAUGAUCCCUACGUUUUUCGUCGAGUUGCAGUCCUUCCCGGUGACAAUCAAUGGGAAGAUCGACCGCAGAGCCCUGCCAGAUCCUGUUACUACCACAUCGACGAGGGUCGUGCCACUGGAAGUUGAGCCAUUGGAGCAUCGAAUACGAACAAUCUGGUCACAAGUCCUCGGACAUGAUCAAUUUGGCGUUCAUGAUAACUUUUUCGAGAUUGGAGGGGAUUCUUUGCGUUUGGUGCGCGCUCAAGGCAAGCUGGAAGCUCUCCUCUGUCGACUUGUUCCUAUACCCAAGCUAUUCGAGCACUAUACCAUCAAGAGCCUGACAAACUACUUGACCGACACUACCAUUGAGAAGAAUGGCCCGAGCCUUGGUGAGGGCACGCAGUAUCGCCCCAACAACGAGAAGAUUGCGAUUGUCUCCAUGGCAUGUCGCCUGCCAGGGGGCGUCAACACUCCAGACGAGUUUUGGACACUACUAGACCAUGGUAUAGAUGCCAUAACACAGGUACCACAAGGGCGCUGGAAAGACGAUCUGGAAGCGACAUAUUGUCGUCGCGGGGGUUUUAUAUCGUCCAUCCACGCAUACGAUGCCAGCUUCUUUGGAAUCUCCCCGCGUGAGGCACGCAGGCUAGAUCCUGCACAGUACUUGAUGCUUGAAAUGGCCUGGGAAGCUUUUGAAAGGGCUGGAUACACUCCAGAGCAGCUUCUGGGCAGUCGAACAGGCGCCUACAUUGGCACAAGCAAUGUCCUUGCGCACGUUCCCCUGAAUCCAGGUACUGUUCGAACUACAUCACAGCUCGACGGCUAUCACGCAACAGGAUCCGCUGCCGGUACAAUGUCAGGUCGCAUUUCGUAUCAUUUCGGACUCGAGGGCCCCACAAUGACCGUUGACACUGCGUGCUCCUCGUCUCUCGUCACAACCCAUCUCGCCUGCCGGGCUCUUCAGCAGGGAGAUUGCGACAUGGCCAUCUCUGGGGGGGUGAGUCUGAUGCUCAACCCUGGACUCCACGCGGAAUUCAGUGUUCUUGGCGGCAUGUCCCCCGAUGGCCGCUGCCGGUCGUUUUCCGCGGACACGCAAGGUACUGGCUGGUCGGAAGGCUCCGCGGCAGUUGUCUUGAAACGGCUUUCUGAUGCACAACGUGACGGCGAUAAGAUCCAUGCUGUUAUUCGUGGCACGGCCGUCAACCAUGAUGGCCGGAGCGCGACCUUGGCCACACCCAGCGGAUCGGCGCAGAAACGGUUGAUACGUGCGGCUUUGAAAGACGCUGGUCUGCAGCCAUUCGAUAUUGACUUUGUCGAGGCACAUGGCACUGGUACUAAACUCGGUGAUCCAAUCGAGGCGACUGCCAUUGCCGAGGUGUUUGGUCCCGAUCGCAAGACUGGAGACACGUUGUUUGUAGGAUCUGCCAAGUCCAACAUCGGUCAUACACAAGCUGCUGCUGGCAUGGUUGGCCUCCUGAAGGUGGUGUUGUCCAUGCAAAACGGCAGUUUACCACAGAGUUUACACAUCACUGAGCCAGCCCCAGCAGUGGACUGGCGUGGUGCGAAUAUGUUUCCCCUUACUGCGAAACGGCCGUGGAUCUCGACUCAAAGGCCUCGACGUGCGGGAGUGAGCGCUUUCGGUAUUGGUGGAACCAAUGCCCAUGCUAUACUAGAAGAGCCGCUCAAGUUUCGCUCAGCCCCUACAGAUAGUAGACCAACAGCCCGUACUAUGCCUUUCCUUCUUUCCGCAGACACAGAAGUGUCUCUGAGGACGCAAGCCGGGAAACUUCGCCAAUCCAUUACCAGUGGACUCAACAACAACGACUCUCUCUUUGAUAUUGCAUAUUCUCUUGCCACAAGUCGAGUUCAAUUCAAGUUGAACACGUUUGUAGUGGCUGAGAGCAGAGAAGAGCUGUCAGAAAAGCUGCUCGCGUUGGAGAGCCAAGUCUGUCCCUCUACAAAACUAUCAAAGCCACCCAAAUUAGCAAUGCUGUUCACUGGGCAAGGCAGCCAAUGGCCAGGCAUGGGGAAGGACAUGUAUGAGACGUACCCCGUCUUUCGAGAUGCCAUCACAGAAGUUGCUACCUACUUCAACGCGCUUGAUCCACCAUUGCUGGACGUGAUGUGGUCUGAGCCAGGGACAGCUACAGCCUCCCUUCUUGAUCGGACAGACUACGCACAGACGGCUCUUUUCACUUUGCAGGUAGCCCUUCGCCGACUUUGGCAGGAUUGGGGCGUGGUGCCUGACGUCGUCCUUGGGCAUAGUCUUGGUGAGAUUACAGCCGCUCACAUCGCCGGCAUCAUGGAUCUGCCAGACUCGUGUCGGCUUGUGGCCGCGCGUGGAAGCUUAAUGCAGAGCCUUGAAAGCGAUGCUUUGAGCAUGAUGUCCUUGAGUGCUUCUGCACCAGAGGUUGAAAAUGCUAUCUCGUCUCUGAGUCUCGGAGAUAAAGUGGGAAUUGCUCUUUAUAACUCACCAACGCAAACUGUCAUCUCAGGCAACGUUGAAGCGGCCAAUAUUAUAGCGAGCCAUUUCGCAACGCAAGGCUACAAGAUCAAGACUUUGACACAAGGACAUGCGUUCCACUCGAGACACAUGGAUGCUAUACUCGACGACUAUCAAGCUAUCAUUGAAAGUAUCCACUUGCGAGCUCCCAAAGUCAACUUUGUGAGUAGUGUUGCGGGUGGACACGUCGAACCGGACCAACUACUGCAAGUAGACUACUGGGUUCGUCAGGUCCGCGAGCCGGUUCGCUUCUCCAAAGGCAUCACGGCCCUCAUAGACGAAGGAAUCAGCAAUUUCCUUGAAAUUGGGCCUCGUCCAAUUUUGAGUGCGCUCGGAGCUGCUUGUCUUCCAGACGGCAAUGCACCUGUGGCCUGGUUGCCGUCUCUUGACCGUGGUAAAGAUCCCACGAAUAUCCUCUCGCGAAGCGCAUCUGCUUUACAUGAGCGUGGCGUCAAAGUCAAUUGGCGCAACUACUUCAGCCCGUACCACUGUCGACGUGUUGAGCUCCCGACAUACGCAUUCGAUCGGACGUUCUUGGCCAGGCCUGAAGUCGCAAUGGAUAAGGAGGACACGUUGACAGGCGAUCAUCAAUCCAUAGAUCAUCUGCAAUACGAGAUGGUAUGGCAACCGUUGGUCGUGGCAAAGGCGCGACCUUCUGGAGGAUGGGGCUUGUUACCCACCAGCACAGUAACUAGCUGGGCAAGCCAUGUUGUCAAGUCUCUACGCGCCACCGGAAUACACCUUGUUCCUGUUCAGAGCACACGAGAUGCGGAGGGUCUCUCUGGUCUGGUUAUGAUAUUCGAUACGACCUCGAUUGAUGCGGAUUGUUCGAAUUUGAGAGACCUCGUUGCAGAGGGCCUACAGAUACUACAAGAAGCCGCUUCUUCAACCUUCUCGCUCUCUCCCAUUGUGUGGAUUACUAACCACUCUGUCGGAACUGGUGUCAGGAGCUACGACGAGGGCAUGAAUGUAGUUGCCGCACCACUCGCGGGGCUGAUACGAACGGUCAGCAACGAGCAUCCAGAGUUGAGCCUACGGUUGAUUGAUCUCACCGAGCCCCCUGGUGGCGAUGUCCUUGCGGCAAUAUUGUCCCACGUUCACGAGCCAGAGUGUGUCGUGCGCGAGGGCUUAGUACUCGUGCCACGCAUGAAAAGAGUCACGCCAAUUCCAAAGUCUCUACCAAAACCUGAGAUGAUCCGCCAAGACGGAGCUGUCAUUAUCACGGGAGGCCUCGGUGAUCUCGGAAGGCGUGUGAGUAGAUGGCUUGUGACGCGCCACAACGUCCGUGAUCUCGUCCUCGUUUCGCGCAAGGGACUUCAAAACCCUGGAUCAGCAGACUUCGUGGCGCAGCUCACCGCACUUGGAGCUCUAGUUACGGUUGCAGCCGGUGAUGUCUCUAAUCCUCCCACCCUGAAAGAUAUUAUAGCCACGUUCAAUGACGACCGUCCAUUGCGAGGCGUGUUCCAUGCGGCUGGUGUCUCGGAUUCGGGGGUUCUCUCAAAUAUGACCCCAGACAGGUUCAUGACUACCCUCCUCCCCAAGGCUGUGGGCGGUUGGAUGCUACAUGAAGCGACCAAGCAUCUCGACCUUGAUGUCUUCUUCCUUUUCUCAUCCAUCUCAGGGGUCAUGGGCAUGCCGGGCCUCGCCAACUACGCUGCCUCCAAUGUCUUUCUGGAUGCUCUGAGCCACGCACGCCGCGCUCAGGGCUUGCCAGCGACAUCUAUCGCUUUUGGAACCUGGGCCGGCGAAGGGAUGGCGUCGAGGCUCGGCGAGAACACUCUUGCCAAUCUGGACCAGUUUGGUCUCGAUGUCUUGACGCCAAAUGAGGGUCUUUCUCUGAUUGAAGAUUCCAUUACGUCCGGGAGGUCUUUAACGGUUGGCGCUGCGCUGGAUGUACAUCGAUUGCAAAAGUAUGUUCAGUCACAAGGCAGAGUGCCACCGUAUCUCGGUCACCUCCUCGGUCGAGGGAACGACCAUGGUACUUCAAAGCCUAACCUUCAGGACGUUCUCAGUGGUUCUGAUCCCGCUCAUCAUCCUGACAUAAUCCUGGGCCUUGUUCGAGACGUGGCGGCACGAGCUCUUGGCUUCACCCGAAGCGAGAAUGUGGAUGUAAAUCGCCCACUGCAGGAAAUCGGCAUCGACUCACUGACGGCAGUACAAACACGCAACCAUCUAGCGACAAUGACGGGCUUGAGACUUUCCGUCAAUAUUCUGUUUCAUCACAAAAACUUGCUAGACCUGAGCAGAUUUCUACUUUCGGAGUUGCAAAGCAUAUCUGCUUCGGGGUCGGUGGAGUCGUUUGGCGUCGAGACGCCUGGAACAUCAGUGAAAGAGGACACGGCGUCACUGGACAUGGAAUCCAUCUGCAACGGCUGCCUGGACAACUCCAUCACGUUCGAAAACACGGAGAAGCGCUUGGAGGAACGUCCUAGCGCCGUGUUUCUCACCGGUGGUACUGGCUUCGUAGGGGCUUUCAUCCUCCACGACCUCUUGCAAAAGGGCAUCCGUGUCCAUGCGCUCGCCAGAGCCAAUGAUGUCGACAUGGCUCGGUCUCGACUGAUCAAGGCACUUGAAAGCUACGACCUGUGGAAUCCAGCUUUCACGUCGCUUCUCGAACCAGUGACAGGCGACAUUUCAAAGCCAUUGCUGGGCUUGGAUGAGAACGAAUUUCUGGAUCUGUCCAGCAAAGUCGAUGCAAUCUGCCAUUCUGCCGGUCUUGUCGACUGGAUGCGGCCUUUGGAGGAUUACAUAGGCCCAAACAUCAUCAGUGCCCACGAAGUCCUGCGUCUGGCGUCACUCGGCUGUCCCAAGUCGGUACAUCUGAUCUCUACCAUAUCGACACUGCCAAAACACAUGGGUUUCGACUUGACCGAGAAAGACCAGGAGUACGGCUAUGGGACUUCAAAGUAUAUUGCUGAGAGACUAGUCUCAGCUGCCCGAUGGCGUGGAGCCAAAGCAACGGUAUAUCGCCUGCCAUAUGUGGCCGCUUCGGCUUCCACUGGUCACUUUCGGCGUGAUCGUGGUGAUUUUUUCCAUAACUUCAUCUCCGGCUGUCUAGCCGUGGGAGUGUGGCCUCGCGUGGACGCAGACUUGUCUGCCGUCCUUCCCGUCGACUACUUGUCCAAGACCAUUGUCAACCUUAUGACAGAAGACUUGGCCAAGCAAGGCCAGGACUAUGAUUUCCGGAAUCCGCAGGCUGUCAGCUGUACUGAAUUCUUUACGUUGAUGGCGAAGGACGGCCAGAGCAAGCUCGUCUCGUUCAAUGAGUGGAAGGAACUGGCUACGACAUAUGCUUUGGCGCAUCCACAAAGGUUUCUUGCUCGUAUAUCUGCUGUCCUCGAUGACUAUACAGAGGAAACAGCGCAUAAGAUAUUCAAGGUCUUGCCGGGGGGGCAGCAUACGCUGGGUCACGGUGAUUACCCUGUACCCACUUUCGAUAAGCAGUAUGCCUCUUUGUACAGGAGGAAAAUGGUAGCGGCGAGUGAAUGAAAAUUGUCGCUUUCUGAUGUUAUCUGAAUCAUUCUCUUAUAGCGGCCUUUGAUAUUCACCGUUGAGCGUUGCCGACGUU